AUGGCUGAUCCUAGGACCAGAAGAGCGAUCCAGUGCCCCCUGAGCCUCACCUGCUCCCUGCUCAUUGUAGGAACGUGCUGUGUGUCUCCUUUGUUCUGUCACAGCCAGACAGACCUGUUUGCUCUUAACCAAGCCGAUCCUCAGUGCUGGGAGUCCUCCUCAAUGCUCCUCUUGGAAAUGCAAAAACCUCGUGUUUCCAAUACUGUUUCUGGCUUUUGGGAUUUUAUGAUCUACCUGAAGUCGUCUGAGAACUUGAAGCAUGGGGCACUGUUUUGGGACCUGGCCCAACUCUUCUGGGACAUCUAUGUAGACUGUGUCCUUUCCAGGAACCAUGGCUUAGGAAGGAGGGAAUUGGCUGGAGAGGAAAAGAAAGAAGAGAAGAGCUCCUCAGUGCUGCAUUUGGGGAUUAAACAAGGUGCAUAUUCUCAGCUCCUAAGAAGCCCUUUCUUAAAGAAAAAAGAGCUGAUUGAAGAUUUGAUAAGUGUGUAUAUGCACAGGCUGGCAUCUGGGUUCACUGGAAAAGCGAAGCUACAAGUGAAAAGAAAGCCACCUUCAGAGCUAACGCAAGUCUUGAAAUUAAAAUAAGGAAUAUUUUCCUAUCAAUCAUUUAUGUAUUUGAAGUGAAGUCAAUGUCCAGAGGUGAAGAUCAUGUCAAGUUCUCUAAGAGUCCUUUGUUUUCAGCUUCUUGGACUAGCUGACUUCCAGUCUUCUACGUGUCUUCAUAUGUGUCUACAGGAGCUAAAGAACUUCCACAGAUGACUGGGGGUGAGGGCUUUGUCUCUUGAGAUUAUUUGAUAAUUCUCCUGGGGAGGCCUGGCCUUGCUGAUGAACUAGAGGGCUGCCGCACAGUUAGCUUGCAUAUGCUACAUGCAUUACAAGCCAUUGCUUAUGAUACUGGCAUGGACAGACGGACGAUUCACAUGCGUGGUAUCACUGAUGGUCUGUGAUUCUCGACCUCGUCUGAGAGAAUAGUUUUGAAUACGAAAUGAAGAAGAAACCACAGGGGAAGAAAACAUUCAUCUAAUGAAAACAAAAUUAAUAAAAGCUUUGGCUC